AUGAGGGUCUUGAAAGUUUUUGUUCUUGUACUAAUAUAUAAUUUGAAACUCCUUUUUCAGAAAUAUCUCACAAAAACUGAAAUAUGUGAGUUUUCUUUUCUUGAAUUAAAAAACCGGAAUAAUUGGGCAGUUAUAGUUUCAACUUCCAGAUACUGGCACAAUUAUAGGCAUAAUACAAAUGCAUUAAGUUUUUACAAUUUUCUGAGACAAAACGGCUUCAAAGAUGAUAGAGUUAUUUUAAUGUUGGCAGAAAAUAUUCCUUGUAACACUAGAAAUUCAAUUCCAGGAGGAGUUUAUAGCGAAGACUAUGAUCUCUUUUAUAACUUAAACAAUUAUACGCAAACAAUGGAAUGUGCGGAUACGGACUACAAGGAGGAAGAAGUUACAGUUUCAAACUUUAUAAGAGUAUUAACAGGCAAACACGAUAUCAGCGUUCCAAAUAAGAAAAGACUUCUUUCAGAUGAGAAUUCGAAUAUAUUUAUAUUUUUAACAGGGCAUGGUGGAGAUGGAUUUCUGAAGUUCCAGGAUUUUGAAGAAAUGACAUCUCUCGAACUUUCGAAUGCAAUAAAAGAAAUGAAAACUCAAAAGAGAUUCAAAAAAAUCUUUAUUAUAUCAGAGACUUGCCAGGCAUCGACACUGCAUAAUCACUUGGAUCUCGAAGAUGUUUAUGCAAUAGGUUGUUCCAGUUUAGGUCAGAGCUCCUAUAGUAAACAUUAUAAGAGCGAAUUAGGAGUGGCUUCAAUUGACAGAUUCACACACUUCAGUUUGGCAGAUUUUAAAAACUUAAAUAGAAAUAAGCUAAUGCCUAUAAUUAGCUUGAUUGGAAAAUACUCAAUAAAUCAUCUUAAAUCUACUCCCCAAAUAAAAUAUAAGUCCGGGAAAAUAGAUAUAAAACACGUCUAUGUAAACGAAUUCUUUUUCCCAAAUAUUGAAAAAGUUAUUACUUUGGAUAUUGAAAGCCUAAUCCUCAAUUACAUCGAUUUAAAGACACCCUUAAAACAGGUUUUGAAUAAAAGAGUUUCAAAAUUCUUAAACUGUUCACUUUUUAAUCAUACAUUAAAAAAAUAUAGUAGCAAUUUGAAUUUGUUAGAGUCAUCAAAUUGUCACUUUAAAGAUACAAUUAAAAAAUUUGUAAUAUCUUCUCAAAAAAGAGCUAUUUUUAAUUCAACAUUCUCAUCUAGAAAUUUUAUUGAUAGUAUGUCAACAUUGAAAUUAACCAAAGCAAUUUCUGGGCUAUCUGCUACUUUAGUAAUAGGAUUUAUAUUAUCAUAUUAUAGUGCAUUAUAA